AUGGAGCAACAGGUGUCUGUUAGCAUGGUUUCCUCAAGAGAAAACUUUGAGAUUGGCAGUGUGAAGACUACGGUCCGCUUGGCAAGCGGCGUCUUCCCAGAAGCUGGCGUCACCGUUCGACCAAGGAGCCCUCUGGUGGCCCUGUCUGGACAUAACAGAAGGCUGGCACUCUUGUCUUCCGGUCACUUCUCAUUAUGUCCCCUCAGCAACUAUCUCUAUUUCAGUUGUGUUCGUUAUUAUGGAGAUUCUUAUCUAGAAUUUCAGAAUGUGGUUUUAAAUCCACAAAAUAACAUCUCCCUAGAAUUUCAGACCUUCAGCUCCUAUGGACUUCUGCUGUAUGUCAAGCAAGACUCAAAUUUAGUAGAUGGAUUUUUUAUUCAAUUGUUUAUUGAAAAUGGUACUUUAAAGUACCACUUUUACUGUCCUGGUGAAGCAAAAUUUAAAAGCAUUAAUACCACUGUUAGAGUGGACAACGGGCAAAAGUAUACACUGCUUAUCAGGCAAGAAUUGGAUCCAUGUAAAGCUGAGCUGACUAUUUUAGGGAGGAAUACACAAACAUGCGAAUCUAUCAAUCAUGUACUUGGAAAACCCCUGCCAAAAUCAGGAUCUGUCUUCAUUGGUGGAUUUCCAGACCUUCAUGGGAAAAUCCAGGCAAUGACAGUUCCUGUCACAUUGUUGGAGCUCAAUGAACAGCUUUUAAAUAGAGGCCUCAGUUAAAGAAUGG